CGAAAUUGUCACAACAUCGGCGCAUUGCUCACUGUCGUCACUCGCUUCUCAGACCGUUAGCUGCGUGUAGAAAUCCUCGCGUUUACAAUUUUACACUGAGCUCCUGGAGAUGUGACAGGACACACACGAGGAGAGCUGCAGGAGAAGACCACUGUGCAGGCUCAGAGAAACCUGGAGGGCACAAUCCAUCCCAGACAGACACAGUUAGAAAAGAGAGCGAGAGAUGAUGCUGAAUAUCAAGUCAUGGAUUUUGGAAUCAUGUUGAGAACAAGAGCCACACUGUGUCUUCUGCUCUCAUGGGGUCUACACCAGCGGUCCCCUUUCCCCUGGCCCACCGGCUCACCAUGAAGGAGGUGUUUGACGCAGAGGGCCGGCCCCGGGUGGACCUGCUCAAAGCCCACCUGACCAAAGAGGGACGUCUGGAGGAGGCUGUGGCGCUGCGCAUCAUCGACGAGGGGGCAGCCAUCUUGAGACAGGAGCGCACCAUGUUGGACAUCGAGGCGCCGGUCACAGUGUGCGGGGACAUUCACGGACAGUUCUUUGACCUGAUGAAGCUGUUUGAAGUGGGCGGGUCUCCUGCCAACACGCGGUACCUGUUUUUGGGUGACUAUGUGGACCGAGGCUACUUCAGCAUCGAGUGCGUGCUGUACCUGUGGGCCCUAAAAAUCCUCUACCCAAAGACACUGUUUCUCCUGAGAGGGAACCAUGAAUGUAGACACCUGACCGAAUACUUCACCUUCAAACAAGAAUGUAAGAUCAAGUACUCGGAGCAGGUGUACGACUCGUGUAUGGAGGCGUUUGACUGCCUGCCCCUCGCCGCGCUCAUGAACCAACAGUUCCUGUGUGUUCAUGGAGGACUGUCCCCAGAAAUACACACACUUGAUGACAUCAAGAAGCUGGACAGGUUUAAAGAGCCCCCAGCCUUUGGGCCCAUGUGUGACCUGCUGUGGGCCGAUCCUCUGGAGGACUUUGGCAACGAGAAAACUCAGGAGUAUUUUGGACACAACACGGUCAGAGGCUGCUCAUACUUCUACAGUUACCCAGCCGUGUGUGAAUUUCUUCAAACGAACAACCUCCUGUCCAUCAUCAGAGCACACGAGGCCCAAGAUGCAGGAUAUCGGAUGUACAGGAAGAGCCAGACCACGGGUUUUCCUUCUCUCAUCACGAUCUUCUCCGCUCCAAACUACCUAGACGUCUACAACAACAAAGCUGCUGUGUUGAAGUACGAGAACAAUGUGAUGAACAUCCGUCAGUUUAACUGCUCUCCUCACCCAUACUGGCUCCCCAACUUCAUGGACGUCUUCACCUGGUCCCUGCCCUUCGUCGGAGAGAAGGUGACUGAGAUGCUGGUGAACGUGCUCAGUAUUUGUUCAGAUGAUGAGCUCAUGAACGAUGGGGACGAGAUUUAUGACGCGAGUGCAGCGGCCGCCAGGAAAGAGGUGAUCAAAAACAAGAUCAGAGCCAUUGGGAAGAUGGCCAAGAUGUUCUCAGUCCUACGGGAGGAGAGUGAGAACGUUCUGACCCUCAAAGGUCUGACCCCGACCGGGAUGUUGCCCAGUGGAGUCCUGUCCGGAGGCAAACAGACCCUGCAGAGCGCCACCAUUGAGGCCAUAGAAGCCAUCGAGACAGUGAAGGACGCUGAAGCGAUCCGUGGCUUCUCUCCUCAACACAGAAUCAGCAGUUUCGAAGAGGCUAAAGGACUGGACCGAAUCAAUGAACGAAUGCCCCCGAGGAGAGACGCAGUCAACUCUGUGGGUUUGUCUAUGGGCAGAAUGAACAUGGCCGAGCCCAAUGGAACAGAUAAUAACAGCAAUAUACCGUGAUACACACAAACACACAAACACGCACACCCACAUACAAACAUAUAUAGUGUACAUACGCAUUUAACUCAAUACUAAUAGGCAACACUUGAGAAUAUAGCCCUCCCCAUUGUAAAAGGUGUAAGCUCAAAUGGACCUCUCUACGGGCUACGCUAAUGGACUACAACUCCCGGAGGACUACAGAUCCCAGAGGACGGAGGGCUCAUAUGUUUGUGGCGGAACGUUGUGGCAUGAUGAGUUGAGCUGUGUCUUGGUUGGAAUGUUGUGUCAGGAAAUUUGGGGGCUGCCCAGUUCCCGAAAACAGGAAAAAAACUGGAAUAUUUUUGGGUUGUGGAUAGUUCUGCCUGCGUGCGUGCGAUGCUUAACUAUGUAAAUGUGUGUGCAGUUAUACAUAUACAUAUUAUAUAUAUUUGGAAAUGUGUUUUUUCUUUGGGAAUUCUCUUUGGGGAAAAACAUACGUGUGGACAAUAUGAAUCUGAGCCUGUAGUUUUAUUAUAAUGGGAAGACGAUGAGUUUUGUUUUGUAGCGAGACACUGGACCCAUUGAAAUGAGUGGACUUUCUUUAGACCGCCUUUAGACCCCAUUAAAUCUUGGUUGAGACCUCAGUUAGACCGGUUUGACCCUGUCUGUCUGGUCCUGGGACAGUCUCAGAGGAGGAUUUUGAAGUUGUACAUGGAGCAGCGCCUUCGUAGUGGUCAUUAAUAUUUGCUUUUUAACUAAAAUAUGCAAACUUUGUAUUAAGGAAAACUAAUUAACUAUGUCAUUAAGAGUGAAACAUACAGUAGCUUCAUUACUAAAGAUUUUAACAUGUUUGGAGCUUCCACAACAUAUAAAAGAAGGCUGCUAAGAAUAUAAAGAAAAAUAUGUGAAGUUAGGCUAAAGUGAUAGAGAGUGUGUCCGUGUUUCAAAGGAUUGCUAAGCCAACAGUCUCCCAUUAAGUUUAUUGUUCAAUCUGCAUCUUAAAAGUAAUGUAAUUCUUUUAGCUGUGGGUCCGUCACCUGCUUGUUUAUAUGGCUGUCAUUGCUCUACCUGGAAUGUUCCACAGUAUGACAUUAAACAGCUCUACCUUACAUUUAUUCAAUUACAGGUGCUUUUAUUUUAGGUCAAAAAUACCUAAAAAAAAAAAAAAAAACUAAAAAAAAAAACCAGGCAUUCUGACUGUGAGCGCCUCUCCACAGAUCUGUCCCGUAACUUGGCCUGGUUCGGUCUCCAUGGAGAUAGAAAGGUUUAAUGCCAUACCGUGAAACGUUCCAGACAAAGCAAUAACAUCUCCAUGGAAAAAAGCAUUUUGACGGGCCCUUCACCAGAAAAACUACACAACACACUUUUAACCACAUUGUUUUGUUUUAGAGUCCAUCUGCUCCAUUCAAAACUCAAAAUCCUCACCUUUCCGCUUUCCGUUAUCUGUCUCUGGACCAGUCUGCUUAGUCUGUGCGAGUGUAAAUACGACGUUUUUUCUUGCACAUAAUCGAAUAUGCAGUACCGCGCAGUAAUCCGACGCGCUUGUAUCCAUGCACCCAUCCUCCUCCAGGCCCGUAGGUGGCGCUGUCCGCUCACACGACAACGACGACGGCUGGGAAUCCUCUAGUUUAGAUUUGAAAUAACAGAGAAAGUGAAAAAGGUCUGUGUAAAGCAUUUAAGCUCUCCUCGGUGCAUGCAUGACUUCAGUUCUUUGAUAAAAACGUGACGAUUUCUGUUUGUUUAAGUGUGCUGCGUGUGUCACUACUAUCGUAAGGAUUUUUUUUCUCUCGUUUUGGCUCAGUAUUAACUUAUUUAUUUUGUACAUAACAUUUUUUGUAUUCAUUUUGUGUUCUUUCAAUCACUGGACACUGUAUAGACCUGACUAUAUGCUACUGCUUCUUUCCUCCUUCACUGUUCCCUCUACUACUUUGUACAUGACUUGUUUUUAAAAAUACAAAUAAUAUCGAUAAACUAUAAAUAUAUAUAUACGGUAAUUAUCUUAAUGAAUGACCUUAAAUAUUAUAUUGUAAACGGCGGAGGGCAGCCAUAAGCAUGAUUUGCAUGGUUAAAAACUUGAAAGAUCCUGGUUUGGUUGCCAUGUAUACUGACAGUUCCUCUUGUUACCAUGGAGAUAUUAUAAUUAUAUUUAUGAUAUAAUGGACGUUUUCUCGAUAUCUUAAGCCAGUAACACUUUCUCUCUCUUUCUCUUUUUGGUUCAUUAUAUUGUGCUUCUUUGAGAGACCCUCCUCAAAGCCCUGUGCCAUAGAAAUUGUGCCACAUUUUCUGUUUUCUUUUUUUCAUUUUUGUACAAUUUUAAAGUGCAUAUGACAAGUAAGACUACACAUUUCAAUAAAACAGAGUUAACAUAAUUAUAUCUCUCUUAAUGAUCUUCAUUUUUCCUAUAGUUUUACGGUUUUGGUGAAGUUUAUCAUUUCUCUUCCGGGUUGGACAGGUACUUUGAAGCGCAUGUGACUCUGGUGGCGGAAUGUUCAGCGGUUACCAUGGCGAAGCAAUGCACACAUUAACCCAAACUGUCUGAAAACAUGAGAAAAAAUAAAAAAACAUUUUCAUUUUCAGGAGCCUGUGAUCGACACGAGCAUUCAUGGUCCUGUCAAAUGACUCAAAAAUAAAGCACUACUUCUAACAGAGUAGUGCCUCCAGUUAGCGUCACAUCUGUUACCUGGCAACCAUAAUAUUAACAACAGCCAAUGGUCUUGUCUAAUUUACACAAUAGUUAUGAUUAGACAAAUAAAAAUAUAUGACAGCAUCUUUAUUUUUGCUUAAUUAAUGUUUAAACUGUCAGAAAAAUGAAAAUUGUCUUUAAAUUUUGGUUGAAAUUUUCUGUAAUUUUCAACUUUUAUUUUUUAACUUUUAUUUACUGUCACUCGACUGAGCUAAAACUAUUAUUUAUAUUUACCACGGUAACCAUUCCACCAAACGAAAUUAUACUUUGAAAAUCUUUUUUUAAAAAUGUCAUAUGCACUUUAAAUCUUUUUUUUUCUUGUUAUAAUUGACUUUUCCCCUGCAGUUUUUCUGUUUGGUUCCCAGUCACUAACACUGUACGCAUGCCCCUUGGGACAAUUCACUUUUUUACUCUUGAAUAAAAUAUGCAUGAAGCUUUGGUAUGGAUAUGGAC